AUGGGCGGAAAUUAUGUGGUGAAGGCAGCGCCAUACUUCCCACCCUUGGACAUUGUUCAGAAGAAUGCCAAGGCCAUGGCACAAGGAGCCAAGGCGAUGGCCUAUACUCCCCCACCCACAGCGGACGGUACUCCAAGACCAGUGGUACCAUGCGUGCGUUUGGGAGUCUUGAUGGAAGCUGCAAUACCAAAGAGAGGCACUGACAUCGAUCCCAGCUAUGCAUCCAAGCUCGAGGCUGUCAUCCGAGCCUUCAAAGAUGAGGAUGCCGCAGCCACCACUAAUGGAGGUGAAGGCUACCCAUACUGGGUCAUGGAAGAUUUUCAAAACCGAGCAGGCUGCUGCUGUGAGCAGUGCUGCUGUUGCUGUUGCUUUGCGGGCACAUGGUCUUCCUGCCCAGAGACAUGUCGCACAUCUUACCUGGUGAACCCAAACCAUCCUUUGAAGUGCUUCUUGGGUUGCAAUUGGCUGGCAGACCUGUGCUGUUGCCUGGGGAUUCACACUUACAGUGGAGAUCCAGAUCCUUGGAAACCCUAUGCUGUUGGAGGGGAAGGCAACCCUGCCUUGAUGAAUGUUGGAAAUGCAAGCAUCCGAAUGAACAAUACGGACAACAAAUGGGGUUCACUGAUCACCUCAGCACAAGUCCAAAAUUUAGUACCUCGGCUCUACAACUCUGCAAACAAUGCCGCAGACAGGGCCGUGUUUUUUGAGCCCUUUGUGGCCUUCGCCAAAUUCCUUUGUAGUUUAUGGGACAAGUACGAGAACGUGGUGGCAGUGGAACUGAUGAAUGAGCCGAUCAUCGGCGGCCUGCCCAAUCUGUGCAUUACGGGGACGAUUUGGAGGCAGAUUCUGUCCUUCCAGGCAGAUGUCAUGGAGGAACUGGACAAAGAUCCUUCCAUCAAAUGCCCCAUUGCCAUUGCCAAUUGGAGUAGCACAGUUGAAGGGGAGUCUUGCUUUGUCUCCCUGCUAGCUUGUGCAGGCACUUCAACCAAGGCCAUGCAGCGCUUCCAGGCAUAUGCGCAACAGAAUCGCCUCCUCUUGUCUUUCCACUACUACAUUCCACCUUCUACUUCCAGCUUCAUAGAAGUCAUUGACCUUGCGAAGAAGAACGCCAUCAAGUUAGGCCGGCCUCCCAUUUUCUUCAGCGAGUUUUGGGAAGGCAGUGCUCAGAGCUUCGCGAACUACUUGGCCAAAGCGGUGGAUGAAGGGGUGAAUGCAGUGACUUAUUGGCAGUACGCUGAUAGUGACUUCACAGGUCAGCCAGGUUCGUACAAGUAUCCCGAGUCAGUGACCUCCCUCGGGGAUCCAGUGAGUGCGUGGGGAACGAUCAAUACGCCGGCCUGGGAUGCAUAUUCGAUUACCGUGGCCGAUGGCACUUUCUUCGGAGGGGACAUCACCGGUGGUGGAGGUGCGCAGAUGAAUGUGUUGGAGUUGGUGCCGGCCGAGCCUCAAAACGUUGGGGCGGAGAGAAGAUCGUGGCCCACAGGCCACCCUACGCCUUUGCACAAACCCAUACGACGAAACAUGCCCGAGAAGUAG